CGAGAGAAAGUCCCUGCCCCAGAGAGCUUCCCCUCUGCCCAGAAAAGGCGAAGGAUGCGAGGGGACAUGACUUGCAGAGCAUCGCACGGCAGGACAGUGGUAGAGCCGGGAUUAACAUCCAGGACUCCUGAGUCCCCGCUGGGUAGCCUACCCAGUACACCACUCUGCCUCACCGCUGGCCAGUUUUGGGACGAUGAGGAUGAGUUCCAUCCGUUCAUCGAGGCACUGCUCCCCCACGUCCGGGCCUUUGCCUACACCUGGUUCAACCUGCAGGCCCGCAAGCGCAAGUACUUCAAGAAGCACGAGAAGAGGAUGACAAAGGAUGAGGAGAGGGCAGUGAAGGACGAGCUGCUGAACGAGAAGCCUGAGGUCAAGCAGAAGUGGGCGUCCCGGCUGCUGGCCAAGCUACGCAAGGACAUCCGGCCCGAGUUCCGGGAGGACUUUGUGCUUUCCAUCACGGGCAAGAAGCCCUCCUGCUGCGUCCUCUCCAACCCCGACCAGAAGGGCAAGAUGCGGCGCAUCGACUGCCUGCGCCAGGCCGACAAGGUGUGGCGCUUGGACCUGGUCAUGGUGAUCCUCUUCAAGGGUAUCCCGCUGGAGAGCACGGAUGGGGAGCGGCUGGUCAAGGCAGCCCAGUGCACCAACCCCAUCCUGUGCGUCCAGCCCCACCAUAUCAGCGUCUCCGUCAAGGAGCUCGACCUGUACCUGGCCUACUUCGUCCGCGAGAGAGAUUCAGAGCAAAGCAGCAGUCCAAGGACAGGGAUCGGCUCGGACCAGGAGGACAGCAAACCGAUCACAUUGGAUACAACAGACUUCCAGGAGAGCUUUGUCACGUCAGGGGUAUUCAGCGUCACGGAGCUCAUCCAGGUCUCCCGAACACCAGUGGUGACAGGCACGGGGCCAAAUUUCUCUCUGGGUGAGUUGCAGGGUCAUCUGGCCUAUGAUCUGAACCCCACGAGCACUGGCAUGAGAAGGACGCUCCCCAGCACCUCCUCCAGCGGGAGUAAACGACACAAGUCUGGCUCCAUGGAGGAUGACAUAGACACGAGUCCGGGGGGCGAGUACUACACCUCGCCCAGCUCGCCCACGAGCAGCAGCCGCAAUUGGACAGAAGACAUGGAAGGGGGCAUCUCCCCCGUGAAAAAGACAGAGAUCGACAAAUCGCCCUUCAACAGCCCGUCGCCCCAGGACUCUUCUCCAAGGCUGAGCUUCACCCAGCAUCACCGUCCGGUCAUUGCCGUGCACAGCGGUAUCGCUCGAAGCCCACACCCUUCAUCUACUCUGCAUUUCCCCACCACCUCGAUCCUCCCCCAGGCGGCCUCCACCUACUUCCCCCACACGGCCAUACGGUACCCGCCUCAUCUCAACCCGCAGGACCCCCUGAAAGAUCUCGUCUCACUGGCCUGCGACCCGUCCAAUCAGCAGCCUGGACCGCCUACUCUGCACCCGGCACGCCCCCUGCGAAUCGUUCCUUCGUGGGAUUAGGACCAAGGGAUCCGGGAAGUAUGUACCAGGCACAGUCCUGGUACCUGGGAUAAUCACAGCUACCCCAUCCCGUCGCCUCCCUUCUCCUCUGCUUUGGGCAUCCCGAGAGGAAAAGAAGUAACAGCCCCAGGCCCAGCCUUUCGGUGAAGAUGGAGAGAGCGAAUUACCGAUGAUGACGAAAAGAAAAAGAGAACCAGACCCAAGACGUUACAAGGAAGGAAGGAAGGAAAAGGUUCAAACUUUUUUAAAAAGUAAAAACAAGCAAAAACCCUACAGACAAAACAGCAAUCCACGCACAUGACGAUGCGGAGUCCCGUUUGCCAGAAACACUAUUUGCCCUGCCGGCUGACCUCCUGGGAAGAGAACGGACACAGCUCAUGACACAGGUCUCUUCCAGCAGCAGCAGCAGUGCCGGAGUCUCGCCUGCAGUUCUCCAAAGGGUUGUAUAUGCAAAAUUGUCUUUCUGAUUUACUCCUUCAUUCAUGCCUCUCGUGAGUAGAAAAGAACAAAUUUCCCAGGCUCCCCCACCCCACCCCAGCCCACCCUCCUCAGCAAACUGUUUACUUUCCAGGAGGGUGCUGGGGCUGGGUGGGAAGGCAAAGAGACAAGGCAUUCAGUUGUUUCUGAACCAGAGGUGCUGGGUGGGGCAGGCGAGCGCUCCUUAGUGCUGUUGCUCCCUGUUCCACCCCAGACAAGACGCCUCCAGCCACCUGCUGGCCCAGAGUUCGGACAACGAGUUCGCCUUUUCUUUGUUUCUUCUUAAAUGCUCUAUGCCAUUAAAUGCUCUUCGUUAGGGUGGGGAACCAAGCCCUCCUGGGAUCUUGGCACUGCUUUCUGGUGCACUAGAGGAGUGGCAUUGUGGGGAAGCGGGGGUGGCGGGGGUACACGGGCUGGAGCCCCUUUAAUCCUUCUCUUUCUCGGAUUGCCUUUGGGCACUACCGGCUGCAGAAGGGGAGGGACAGAAUUCGGCUGUCCCCUGAGCUGAGCCCCAGGCUGUGCAUCUGGGCUCCUCUGUACGUAGAGCCCGUGUUUCCAGGCGAGGAACAAGCAGGCCAACUGGGGAGCAGGGCACUGGCUUCAAGGGGGGACGUUGCCACAGCUUGGAGCCUUGGCACAAGCCAGCACUGCAGGAGGAGAUGGGUCUGAGACUCACCACCCGGCUGGCUGGAAUGCGCAAGGCGCAUAGAUAACACUGCUGUUCAGAUUGGCACUAACGGGCUCUGGGAAUUAGCCCUGGAGCUCCGUUUGGAAAUCAAGGGGGUGGAAAUUUCUGAAUUACAGAUCGGCUGAAACAGCUGAGUCCAAAACUCCAAAUCUCUCCUCUGGUAAUAAUUCUCCCGAUGGCAUCUGCUAUUCCCCAGGUGCCUUCCCCUGCUGCCAAGCCCUGCCAACCGGAACCAGCUGGGAGCAAAUCCCUGUCUCUCUUCAGUGAAAGACACGACGCCAGUGUCCUGCUGGGUGUGGCGUGGCGUGGCUCCGUCGCAGUCCAUGGGUGGGACUAUUCCACCCUUACGUGGGUGUCACGCCCAUAGCGCAGGGCUGCGCCAACGUAGCGUGCCACACUGGUAAACUUUCCAUACUGGAGCUUAUGCCGCGUAGCUCCUGGCAAAUGUGGGGCCUGUUUGAAAACCCCUCAACUCUCUUUGUGUGGGGGCGAGGCGGGGCUGGACUCUGCUACCAGGGCAGGGCCUGGGAUUUGUGUGGACCGAGUCUUCUUCUCGCUUGGCUCUGGAAAGUUAGGAUGGGACAGGUGGGCCGAGGGGAGGGAAGGUUGGAGCGAGAUUUCCCCCACGCACCUGUGUACAAAGAGCUAUGCACACCUGUGGACAGGUACCAUGUAGACUAGUGGCGAGAUGGUUGCAAUUGUGUUGCACAUUUUGUAGGAAAUGCACUUUUAAGAGGGAAUGAU